CUAGCUUCGCACUAAUCAGCCUGGCUGUGAGAUUUAUUCCUACGCUGCACUCGUCGAGUAUGCAAUAAAGUGGAACAAUGGCUUUCACACCUAAAAUUGAGAUCAAUGCGGACAAGACAGCAGUAAAUGUGUUGUGGGAUCCCACUCAUACCAGCAGAUGCAAUGUCAAGUGGCUACGGUUUCACUGUCGAUGCAAACGAUGUGUUCCUGAAUUUUCUGGAAUGUUCCCACUUGAUAAGGAUGAAUUUGACGACGAACUAUAUUUAACAAGCGCUCAAGAGAAAGAUGGCGUUUUGCAUGUGCAAAUCGACAAAGAGGUUAUGGAAAAUCACGAGACAGCUAUACCUUUUGAAUGGCUGAAGGAAAACUGCAACUGUGAUUCGUGUCUAAAAGCCGACAUUGCUCGGAGCAACUUCAACUUUGCAAACCCUGCAACCACUUCUGUUCCAAGAGUUUGUUAUGACUCUCUACAAUCUCAAGAGGGAAAGUUUGAAUGCCUUAAGCAAAUUGUUGACGUUGGUUUCUGCGUGAUAGAAAAUGUCACGAGGGAGAGUCUAACAGUGCUCAAGGUUGGCGAAAUGUUUGGUUAUAUUCGAUCGACUCUGUACGAAAAAUUCUUUGAUGUCAAGUAUGAGCCGGAUCCUUAUAACUCGGCAUAUACCAGUUUGGGACUUCCCUACCAUCAAGAUUUACCGUACUAUGAAGCAAUGCCGGGAGUCCAACUUCUUCAUGCUCUUGAAUUCGACGAUUCAAUCAAAGGUGGUGAAUCACAGCUGGUAGAUUUAUUUCACGUUGCGGAUAUAUUAAAAAAGGAAUCUCCCGAAAACUUCGAAGUGCUCUGUACAGUUCCUGGUACGUUUCAAACAAAGGAUUUGAACCGCCCCAACCCAGCUUGGUACGAGCAUACAAGGACGCAUAUUGAAGUUGAUUACUUUGGAAACACUGUGGCAAUCUACUGGAACCCGGGUGUGGAAGGAGCGUUAAGAGUUCGAUUCGAAGAUGAAGAGAGAUACUUCAAAGCGUAUGUGCAUUUCUUGAGAAUAUUACGGAGAAAGGAAUUAGAGUUUUGCUUCCGAAUGAAGCCUGGAGACUUGAUAAUCUUCAACAACAGAAGAAUGGCCCAUGCUCGUAAGGAAUAUAAUACGAAAGAAGGAAAACGUCAUUUACAGGGUUGUUAUAUUAAUCUUGAUGACAUGAAGAGCACUUAUAUGGUGCUGGCACACAAGCUUGGAAAAAAGGUUGUUCCACCCAAAGUCGGAAAUCGGUGCUGGUACUAAUGAAACUGUGUCCAUCAUCCUUUAACUUUUGAAAUUCAUUGUUGUAUGUACUUAUGUUUUUAUGUAAUUAUUUUUGAUCGUCAUGAUUUUAAGUUGCAAUAAUGCCAAUAUGAUAUAUGCCAAAUGUUAUUAAAUGAGUAAAUAAAAUUUACGAAAGUAU